CCUUCAUUUACCAAUAUCACUACAAUUCUUGCACUAGAUACCCAUUUCUCUAAGGAACACCAACCUUUUUAUCUUAAUUUCUUCAUCAUCAAUUCCUGUAGGUGUCAACCUGGAUCAAAUGUUAGUUUCUCACGUGCACUAGUGAAAAUGGCGUUAUCUUAUUCAUGCUAAACUAACGUAUUAUUGGCUACUCCAGCCAGCCAGCCCAGAGCCAUCACCUUUCUUUCUCUCUCUUUUGGCUGCUUCUUCUUCUUCUUUUCUUUUGUUGAUAGGACUCUUUUGGCUUCUUUAAUUUGGUGUCUUCUCUUCUCUUGUCUCCUCUCCCCUCCUCUUACAAAUAUCCAUCCCCCCAUCUUCUUAACUAAAAUAAUACAUAUCGUUUUUCUCCCACUUCCAACGUAUAUCUAUAUACACCUUAUUCUGUACAAGAUAUAUAUUACUUGCUUUUAGUUAAUUUCAAUUUUCUUGUACGUCGUCCAGCUAGCUAGCUUGCUCAAACAUGAUGCGUAAAAAGCAGUUCGAUGAAGCCAAGGAUCAUGACUACGUUGAAACUGAUCCUUCUGGACGAUAUGGUCGGUUUGAAGAAAUGCUGGGGAAAGGUGCAAUGAAAACAGUGUAUAAAGCAAUCGAUGAGGUGCUGGGAAUGGAGGUGGCGUGGAACCAGGUAAAACUGAAUGAGGUGCUCCGAUCGCCAGAGGAUUUGCAGAGGCUGUACUCAGAAGUUCACCUCCUCAGCACCCUCAAUCAUGACUCUAUCAUAAGAUUCCACUCCUCCUGGAUCGAUGUUCAUCGCAAGACCUUCAAUUUCAUAACUGAAAUGUUCACUUCAGGAUCUCUCAGAGAAUACAGGAAGAAAUAUAAACGAGUAGACAUCCGCGCCAUUAAGAAUUGGGCUCGCCAAAUACUGCAGGGUCUUGUAUAUCUGCAUGCUCAUGACCCUCCAGUUAUUCACAGAGACCUUAAGUGUGACAACAUUUUUGUUAAUGGCCAUCUUGGGCAAGUCAAGAUUGGCGAUUUAGGGCUUGCAGCCAUUCUCCGAGGAUCCAAAUCAGCCCACAGUGUUAUAGGCACUCCAGAGUUCAUGGCACCAGAAUUAUAUGAAGAGGAUUACAAUCAACUCGUUGAUGUCUACUCUUUUGGCAUGUGUGUGUUAGAGAUGCUUACAUCCGAAUAUCCAUAUAGUGAAUGUGCCAAUCCAGCUCAAAUUUACAAGAAAGUGACCUCGGGGAAGCUACCAGGGGCAUUCUACCAGAUUCAAGACUUGGAUGCACAGAGAUUUAUUGGCAAAUGUCUAGUAAAUGCUUCUAACAGAUUAUCAGCGGAACAACUAUUGCUUGACCCAUUUCUCGCUAAGGAUGAAGCGACGAGGCUUGGGAGUCCAAAGCUCUUUCUAAAUCAAAGUGAAAUCGAGAAAUUGCACCUCAACGAUAAUCCACCCAGAACAGACAUGACCAUCACUGGGAAGCUUAAUCCUGAAGAUGAUACCAUCUUCCUUAAAGUUCAGAUUGCAGAUACAGAGGGUUCUACUAGGAACAUCUACUUUCCCUUUGAUAUUGUGGAAGAUACGCCAUUGGAUGUGGCAACUGAAAUGGUGAAGGAGCUUGAGAUAACCGAUUGGGAUCCACUUGAAAUUGCAGAAAUGAUUGAUGGUGAAAUUUCAGCUCUAGUCCCACAAUGGAAAAAAUCAGACCUCCCUAGACAUCAAGCCCAUAAUACAUAUAACUACCAGGAAGAUGAUGAUGAUGGGUGUCAUCAUCCGUUUUACUCUUUCUCCUCCUGUUCUUCAUCCCAAAUGUCUGUCUUGAUGUCACAUGGCUGCGAUUGGCUCCGAGAUGAUGAUACCAGCUCUCAGAGCUCUUCGCACUCAGGAAUUUAUUCCAACUUUAGUUACUUGUCUGGAGAUGACCACAAUCCUGAUAUGAGCCCUACAACAACAGCACGCAAACAUGUCAGCUCAAGAAUUCACAACUCGACAAGAUUUUGGCAUGGAGAAAGUUCAAGAAGCGGGCUGUCAAUAGGUAGUAGUAAGGGUUUGGAAUCACACGCAGCUUGUAGUUCAAAACAUACGAGAUUGUUGAUGGGCAAUCGAAAGCUGACAAGGAAUCGAUCGCUAGUAGAUAUUAGGAGCCAACUACUUCACCGAUCAUUAGUGGAAGAGGUGAGUAAGAGACGGUUGUUUAAGACUGUUGGAGCUGUGGAGGAUAUUGGGUUUCAGUCACCUUGUGAGGUUCCUACCAAAAGGACACAGAAGACUUCAGGGAAGAACCGCAUAAAAUCCUAGGCCUAGCUCUCCACUCCCACCAGUUUUACACGUCAAUGCUCCACUCACUGCCUUUCUUUUAAUUUCAUCACCCAGGGAUGGACGACUGCAUCAAGUACACCCCGAGUUUGGCCUUAAGAAGACAUAAAUAAGGGAUUAAUUGAGUCGUGUAUAUUGGCUAUACGAUUAUCUUUGAUUACGGAGUGCUUUGGGUAAAAUUGAGACAUUUUCCAGCAUAAGAUAUAAGAUAUAUGAUUACGGAGUGUUGGGUAUAAUAAUAAGAUAUAUUGCAUUCUUAAAAGGAGGAUGCAAGUUCUAACUUUAAAA